AUUAUUAUAGUUCAUUGGUUUCUCUAAAUGAUAGAUGAAGGAGUUUAAGUCAACUAAUGGUGUUCACUCUGCACCAUUAACAGUGACUGGUGAACCACAACAAAAUGAUCAAGUCAAAUGGGUUUCUCAAGAUUCCCAUAGGAUUCCUCGAGGAAGAAUUUCACCUGACCAGCUAAUUACACCUUCACAAACAAGGCACAACAGCACCAGAGAAGUUUCAGCAUUAUCAGAUGAUCAAGAUCAUGAAUUUUCACGAAAGAAUAAGAAUUCAAGGAAGAACACAGGCAAAGACUCGUCAAGUCAACGCAGCAGGUCAGCCCGACAACCCAUUAAUUCUGGGUCCGAUUCGCCUGUGAAUCAGGAAGACUUGAAGAAAACAAGGUCUACCAGACAACCCAAAGAACGGGUUCAUGGGUCAGAUUGCUCAGAUGACCAGGAAGGAUCAAGGAGAACAAGGUCUACCCGUCAACCAAAGGUUCAAAAUUCCGGGUCAGAUUCACCACCUGUGGAUCCAGAAGGUUCGGUAAAAGCAAGAAGGAAGUCGAAGGAGUCUGGGUCAGAUAACUCAGUGGAUCCAGAAGGUUCGGUAAAAUCAAGAAAGAAGUCUAAGGAAUCUGGGUCAGAUAACUCAGUGGAUCCAGAAGGUUCGGUAAAAUCAAGAAAGAAGUCUAAGGAAUCUGGGUCAGAUAACUCAGUUGAUCCAGAAGGUUCGGUAAAAGCAAGAAAGAAAUCGAAGGAGUCUGGGUCAGAUAACUCAGUAGACCCGGAAGGGUCAAGGAGAACGAGAUCAAGCCGUCAACAAAGAGAUCAAAAUUCCGGGUCAGAGUCAGCACCGGAUCCUGAAGGUUCGGUAAAAACAAGAAAGAAACCGAAGGAGUCUGUGAAUGGAGUUUCAGUAAGAUCAAAGUCCAAAGCCCCCCUUCCGCCAACAUCUCCCCUCAUGGAUCUUGGCCCGGAUCCGCAAUCAGAAAAUAUGGGCGGAUCCUAUAAUAUUGAGAGGGAUAAUGGGAUGUAUUGAAAUGUUGUGUUUUAUCUCCCCAAUGUUCAACAAUAGCUAGAGAGAGAGUUUUAUUUAGUUGGGAAAAUAUAUAUAUGAUUUUCAUUCAAUAGAAUGCAGCAGCAUGGAAAUAAAAUUCAUUAUUAACA